AUGUUUAGGCAAGUCAUUUCAAAGUUAAGUCAUUCGUCUCGGAUGGAACUAAAGUGUCAAUUUGCUACAUUGGGAAGUGCAUCGGAAAAACUCAACGGUCUUCGUGAGCUAAUGAAACAAAAAAAGCUUGAAGCCUAUCUAAUUCCAAGUGAGGACCAGCAUAUGAGCGAGUACGUUCCGGAAUGCUAUCAGCGCCGGAAGUGGAUCACUGGAUUCACAGGAUCCGCUGGAAUGGCCGUUGUUACACCUACGGAAGCGCUACUCUGGACAGAUUCGAGGUAUUUCCUCCAGGCGGAGAAAGAACUUCCAUCCUGUUGGCAGCUAAAGAAGCUCGGCACUCCAGGAUGUCCCAAAGUGACCGAAUGGUUGGCCUCCUCGCUCCCCGAGGGAUCUCAAGUGGGAGUGGACGGCAGCCUCAUCUCCACCGGCUUCGGCUGCCAAUUAGAGAGCACGUUGCACCCGUUCGGCAUCAACCUCGUCUGCCUCGACAGCAAUCUCAUCGACCAACUCUGGUCGGACCGUCCCCACCUUCCCCACACUCCCAUCACCCUCUUAUCCACCGAGUCCGCAGGACUCUCCACACUCGACAAGAUCAUGCGCGUGCGCGAAGCCAUGGCGUCACGUGAUCGAUCGAUUUUACUCCUCACAAAACUCGACGACGUUUGCUGGCUGUUCAACAUGCGCGGCAGCGACGUCGAGUACAACCCGCUUGUGUACGCCUACGGCGUUGUGACACAAAACGAGGCUUUUUUGUUCAUUCAUCCGAACCGACUUUCCAUCGAACAGACCGCCGAAUUCGAAAAGAACGGCGUGCAGAUCCGCGAGUAUGACGCGUUUCUGCCCUUCAUCGAUGCGAUGGCGAAGCAGAAAAGCGAAGCCGCCGAGGAAAUUUGUUUCAAUGCUUCCGAUGUCAGUUUCGCGGUUUUUUCGCGAUUGGAGGGCCGCAAUCCGGACACCACCUUCAAUCCCAUAACGCGCAUGAAGGCGAUCAAAAACGAAACAGAAAUCCGCAACAUCCGCGACGCUUUUCUCCGUGACUCCAUCGCCAUGUGCCACCUUCUCUCCUGGUCUCCUCGAUUCCCCGCGGUGAGUCCUAGGCUGGAGUCGCACAUCGACGAGCACCCCACCGAGUUCGACGUGGCCGCGCAGUCCACCGCGUUCCGCCGUCGCUACGCGCAGAGUCUGGGCGACAGCUUCGCUCCGAUCGUCGGCUGCGGCGCCAACGCGGCGAUCGUCCACUACGAGCCCACGUCGGCGGCGUCCUCGGCGCGUCUGCAGCGCGACACGUGCAUUCUGCUGGACACGGGCGGGCAGUACGAGUGGGGCACGACGGACAUCACGCGGACGGUCUGCAUCGCGUCGGACGCGGCGCAGUCCCGCGUGGAUCGCGCGUUCCGCGAGUGCUACACGGCCGUGCUGAAGGGCCACAUCGCGCUGGCGACGGCGGUGUUCCCCGCGCGGACGCGCGGCGUGCAGCUGGACGUGCUGGCGCGGAGCGCGCUGUGGGAGCGAGGACUGGACUAUGGACACGGAACGGGACAUGGAGUGGGGUAUUGCUUGGGCGUGCAUGAAGGACCGGAGUCGAUUUCGACGCGGACGAACGCGGAGAAGGAGGGGUUCGCUGCGGGGAUGACGAUGACGGACGAGCCUGGGUAUUAUGAUGAGGAGAGAGGGUUCGGGGUGCGCAUUGAGAACACGCUCGGGCUGGAGAAGACGCAUCUGGACCGCCAGUUUCUUCGAUUUGAUGUGCUGUCGUUCGUACCGAUCCAGGCGGAUCUUUGUGUGGAGGAGAUGUUAACAGAGAAGGAGAAACGAUGGCUGGAGAAGUAUAACUCGCUCUGCUUGGAGAAAAUGAAGGGUUAUAUUACUGAUCCAGAGGUAUUGACUUGGCUUGAAAAACAGGCGGAACGAUCCAAAUUCUAA